AUGGAAAACGAAAAUGAUUCUUUCGCCGAAGAAUUUCUAGAUGCGUGCUACGACGGUAAGCUUUCAAAGGUCCAGGAAGCCCUCGCUACCGGGCGACUAUCUGCCGAGAACCUAGGUGAGGGGCUCGAGACUGCCACUGAAGUGGCACACACCGAGAUUGUGGCGGCACUUUUUGACGCUGGCGUUGGAAUAUCGACAUCGGCGAUAGAUUCUCUUCCCGGAGCUAACUUGACCCAACACGUGGGCAUUGUUCUCCUCUUCUUCAAACAUGGCCUAGAUCCUAACGCCAUUACAUCGGAUGGCGAGCCUAUUCUAAAAUUCAUGAAUGAUCCUGUAUGUGCUCGCGAAUUCCUCUCACGAGGCGCGGACCCAAACCGUAUCGGACCGUCGGGAAUACCUAUCCUUGUGAGCGCUAUCAUAAGUAGCGAAGAUACCUCCCGGAUUGAGGUUCUCCUCGAGUACGGCGCGAAACUCGAAAAUGAGUACCUCUUUGCCGCCUUCAGGCGACGUGUUCGCCAGAAACUGCUGAAAACUUCUUUUCUACUAGCAAAGGGGCUCGAUCCUAACCAAAUUAAUGCUGAAUGGGGCACUCCUUUACACUGUGCGGUCGCGAAUGGUUCUCCGGGUCUUGUCAAAAUGCUCCUGGAUGCGGGCGCAGACCCUACGGUGCGGUCCACUGGCAAACAAUACUAUGGCGAGCCACCCUUAGCAGCAGCGGAAGACAUUCCAAUCCCCAAAAACAAAGAGGAAAUCAUUGCUUUUCUUCAGUCUUGGCAAACUACGGUUCACGAAUGA